AUGACAGCCCACGAAGCCUCCUCUUCGUCCUCCUCCACUUCCAAACUCUGGAAGUACGACGUAUUCUUGAGCUUCAGGGGUGAAGACACGCGCUAUGGCUUCACGAGCCACCUCCACGCGGCAUUAACAGCCAGAGGGUACCAGGUCUUUAUUGAUGAGGACGAUCUACCAAGAGGGGAAGAAAUAAAAGAGAAACUGUUCCGUGCAAUCGAAGAGUCGAGGAUCUCUGUCAUUAUCUUCUCAAAGAUGUAUGGGGAUUCGAGUUGGUGUCUUGACGAGCUGGUGAAGAUCAUGGAGUGUAGAGACAAACUGGGGCGACAUGUUUUACCAAUAUUCUAUCACGUUGAUCCUUCGCAUGUCAGGAAGCAGGACGGAGAUUUAGCCGAAGCAUUUCAGAAGCACGAAAAGGACAUCCGUGAAGAAAAAGAUGACAAGAAACGUGAAGCUAAACAAGAAAGGGUAAAUCAGUGGAGAGAGGCUCUCACAAAAGCUGCAAAUUUGUCUGGCCACCAUCUUCAAAGCGCUAAUAAUAGGAAGAGGCGGAGAGAGGCUCAUACAGAAGCUACAAAUUUGUCUGACCACCAAACAACUGGCAACGGGUAA